ACGACCAGACACCACACUCGCACCACCACAGUCGGUAGUCGCACAUACUUACAAACACAAGCUAUAAGCACACCCACGCCAUGGCUCGUUUCUCGUGUUUGCUCCUGUCCGCCGCCGCAUUGAUCGCCGUCACUUAUGGAUCGCCGCUGACCAACGACCGACAACUGCAGGAUGGCAACAACGGAGAUGAGCUGGGAAUCACGGAACAACUGCAAGAGCUCAUCGAGAAGCGCGACGUGUCCGUGGAACUCGGAGGCGCCACCGUCACCUUGUCGCCCAGGAACUUGGAAGAGAACGAACUUGGUCUGACCCUAAGACUUCCCAGCUCCGCCGAGCCAAGAAGCAAACGCCAUAAGCUCAAGAAGAUCCUCAUGCCCAUCAUGGUGUUCGUCAUGCUCAAGGCCCUCACACUGAUCCCGCUCGCCAUCGGCGUGUUGGGAUUGAAGGCAUGGAACGCUCUGCAACUGUCGUUCUUCUCGUUCGUCAUAUCCAUCGGUCUGGCCAUCUUCCAGCUGGUCAAGAAGGCUUCCGAGUCACCACCAUCUCUGACCACCCACGACGCCGGAAUCUACGGUGCCCCGCCAGCGCACUACGCAAGGAGCGUCCAGGAGCACGCUCAACAGUUGGCCUACGGUUCCAACCAAGUCAGAUAGACGUUUUCCGACUACGCUGACACGACUUGCAUCGCGACUCGUGUGUGUGUGUGAGUGUGUGUGUGCGUUGCGGGUCGUGUAAUCCCAUAGCUGCAGAUGCAUCUUCCGCGCACGUCAAUUAUACCGCAAGAGAACAACAUUUAUUUAUUUCGACUAUUUAUUAUUAUUAUUUUAUUAUUACGAAACACGAAUGAUUG